AUGACAGCAUCAUCAUCAUUUGUUAACAACAUCAACUCGAAUGUUGCUCUUGCAUCACAACCCAUUGUUAUGCCUAAUGUACAACCUGACGUGUCUACUGUUCCCCCUAAAGUGCCUGCUAUACAUCUCGUUGUACCUGUUUCACACCCUAACGAAUCUGAUGCACAUCCUGACGUAUGGCAGCCAACUUUUGUCUUUGACAAUCGUCUUAUCACUAUUCAUGAUUCUCUCGUGCUCCACGAUUCUAUUGCUGUAGCGGUGGCCAAAGGUUUUGAUAAUAUUCAGCUGAAAAAGCUGGCGUUAUCUUACGUGGAAUACUUGGGACCAAAGGUGCUAAAAAUGAAGAAGAACACCGAACGUUCUAGUGACAGCACGAAAAGCUCCGGGUCGAUGUCCAGGGGUGUUGCACGUCUCUCCGCACAAGCUCUAGCAUUUGCCCUCAACACCCUCCUCCACGCCUGCCACGACGCGCGCGGGACUCCACUUUCUCACCCCACAUUCCUCGUCUGGGCCUCCAACACCUCUCUCGGCAAGACGCUAGUCUCCGCCGGCCUCGCGGCCUCCUCUCUGCUCUCCACGUCCCAUUCCAGACCCCGAAAAUUCCUCUACCUCAAGCCCGUCCAGACCGGCUUCCCCUCCGAUUCAGACUCCUCCUUCGUCUACCGCAAGCUCUCCCGCCUCUCUCUCCGACGCCACUCCCUUUUCCCUCUCUUCUCCUCCAACCACGUACUCAGGGCCUCCGUCCCUGCCGCCAAUGCGGUCUUGGGCCAGGGGAUUGCUGAGAAUGGCGAGUGCGAGAUCCGACAUCUGGGGUGGUACGAGGAGAGGGUGUUAGAAGGGGAGCGGGCAAGCGCUGCCGCCUCCGAGUUGGUUUGUAAGACGCUGUACGCGUGGAAAGACGCCGUGUCGCCGCACUUGGCGGCGCAGAGGGAGAACGCGGUGGUGGAGGACGCUGCGGUGCUGCGAGAGUUGCUCAGGUGCUUGAGAGUGGAGUUGGAAGGCGGCGGAGAUGAGAAGAAGGAAAUGGAUGCUUUCUGCGUCGUUGAGACCGCUGGUGGGAUUGCGAGUCCAGGGCCUUCUGGGUCGCUUCAAUGUGACUUGUAUAGGCCUUUGCGUUUACCUGCUAUUCUUGUUGGAGAUGGGCGGCUUGGUGGUAUUUCUGGAACCAUUUCAGCUUAUGAGAGUUUGAAACUUCGAGGUUACGAUGUUGUUGCUGUUGUUUUUGAGGAUCAUGGUCUUGUAAAUGAGGUGCCAUUAUUGUCUUAUCUGCGAAAUAGGGUGCCUGUCCAUGUGCUGCCACCAAUUCCAGAAGAUUUAUCAAAUGACCUAAUGGAAUGGUUUGAUGACUCCUGUGGUGUAUUUGAUUCUCUGAAGGAAAAAAUGUUAUCAGCUUAUUCAGAGAGAAUUAAGAGAUUGCAUGACAUGCCAAAGAAGGCGGGAGAGAUUUUCUGGUGGCCAUUCACUCAGCACAAACUUGUACCCGAAGGAGCUGUUACGGUGAUUGAUUCACGAUAUGGUGAGAAUUUUGCGAUCUUCAAGGAUCAGAAUAAUGGAUUCAUAACUCAACAGUUUGAUGCAUGUGCCAGUUGGUGGACUCAAGGACCUGAUGCUACUUUACAGACUGAGCUUGCUAGAGACUUGGGUUAUGCUGCCGCAAGAUUUGGGCAUGUGAUGUUUCCUGAGAAUGUUUAUGAGCCAGUCUUAAAAUGUGCAGAGCUUUUGCUUGAAGGUGUGGGGAAAGGUUGGGCUACCCGAGCAUAUUUUUCAGAUAAUGGAUCUACGGCCAUUGAAAUUGCUCUCAAGAUGGCAUUUCGUAAAUUUUCCUUUGAUCAUGGAAUCCUUUCUGAGGAUAACACAGCUGGAAGAAGUGUUGAGCUCAUGGUUUUAGCUCUUAGAGGAUCUUAUCAUGGUGAUACUUUAGGUGCUAUGGAAGCACAAGCACCAUCGGCUUAUACAGGCUUCCUCCAGCAGCCAUGGUACACUGGAAGAGGUCUUUUUCUGGAUCCUCCUACAGUCUACAUGUGCAACGGUGUAUGGAAUCUUUCCUUGCCUGAAGGGUUGUGUUUUGGGAACCCAAAGCUUGAAAAUAUAGCCUUCAGUUCGCGCAAUGAAAUUUUUCAUAGGAUAAGGGACAAUUCAGAUCUAGCUGAAAUUUAUUCAUCUUAUAUAUCACAACAAUUAUCGCAAUAUUCAGGAUCAGGAGGGUUUAAACAUAUAGGAGCACUGAUUUUGGAACCAGUUAUUCUAGCUGCUGGGGGAAUGCAUAUGGUUGAUCCACUUUUCCAGCGGGUACUUGUUAAUGAGUGCCGAAGUAAAAGAAUUCCAGUUAUCUUUGAUGAGGUUUUUACAGGUUUCUGGCGUCUGGGAACCGAGACUGCAGCAGACCUACUUUGUUGUGUACCAGAUAUAGCCUGCUUUGGGAAGCUGAUGACUGGUGGGACUAUACCCUUGUCUGCCACAUUGGCAACCAAUGCUGUAUUUACCUCCUUUAUUGGAGACUCAAAGCUCAAGGCCCUUUUGCAUGGACACUCAUACUCUGGACAUGCUAUAGGGUGCACAGCAGCUGUUAAAUCCAUAGAAUGGUUUAAAGAUCCUCAGACAAAUCUUAACAUCGCUUCUGAAGGAAGGUCGCUUAGGGAGUUAUGGGAUGAAGACUUGGUGCGACAGAUUUCAUCAAUUCCUGUAGUUCAAAGAGUGGUUGUGUUGGGAACUCUUUGUGCCUUGGAACUCCGAGCAGAGGGCCGUAAUGCUGGGUAUGGAUCGCUAUAUGCGAGCUCUCUUCUUCAGAAACUCCGUGAAGAUGGUGUCUACACGAGGCCCUUGGGCAAUGUCAUAUAUCUCAUGUGCGGCCCCUGCACAUCUCCUGAGCUCUGCAGCCAACUACUUGUCAAACUUCACACAAGACUUGAAGAGUUUUGCCAAAUUAAGGAGUUUACAAAAUUCUGAGUUAUAGUAAUUGAAAGCUAUUCUAUGUUCUUCUCUUUUAUGGGCCCCGUGUAGAGUGGCGGGGCUUCUUUUUGUUAAGGAUUUAUAACCAUCAAUAAUUUUUAUUUAUAAGGAUCUAUAAUAAUUGAUAGUUUUGUUGGGAAAUCAAAGAAAAUGGUAAGAUAAGAAAGAGAGAUUGCAAUAUAUGAAACUAGUUGUUUAGGAGUGUUUUAGUGAAUAAAUGUGACAAAUUAUCAGUCGAUCGUAUCUACUUGACAAAUUCCCUUAGGGUCCUCCUUUCUCUCUUUCAUUAGGAUCAGAGAUGGAAAAAACC